GUUAUAAUAUAUUGUUGACUUAUUUAGAAAUAUAUGGUUAUAGUUGAAGUGAAACUCAUUAAUAACUGAUUAAAAUAUGUUUACUCUUGAACUUGCAAUUCCAAGUAGCUGGUAUUACAUCACACUCUAAAAGGGUUUUGAUAAUUUGUUUAUGCAUUAUGGGGGCCCCAACAUACUAAACACAUUAGUUUUAGUAUGUUAGUCUUAAUUUAGCACAUUAGUAAGGCUGAAUGAUAUGCAACUGUACACUUUAAAACUGUGGAUCUUAAUAACAUGCAUGAUCCUCUGUCUUGCCUGGUACUAAACGCAUGGCACCCAUUGAUCAUUUCUGCUGACAUUGUGGCACAGUAAAGUACGAAAUCUCUCACUGAAACAACAACUAUGACUGACAUUUUUCUCUGAAGAGAUUACAUAGAUCCCAAACAUGAGGGGGCAUCCAUGUAUGUAUGACAAGUGCACCAAGAAAUUAGACUGCGCUAAGGCUCUUAGCAAGUCUGGCCUGUCAUUAAAAUUGUAUGACCAUUUUAGCACCACUGUGGCUGUACACAAGUGACAUACAGUAAUCAACACUAAGCAUUUUCCUGUAAUUAUUUACACAAAAACAACAAGAAAAGAUCAAUAUUACUGAAGUCAAUCUUUAGCCCAAAAAACAGCAGGGUGGGAUGUCAAAUACCAGUUACGUUUGUGCAAGCCCUUUAAAAGUCCUAGUGUUAUGUAAAUGAAAUAACAAAGAUGUAAAGUGAAUCAGGCGAUACACAGGAACAUGAUAAGACAUCAGAGGCUUGUUGCUAUGCUAAUGAGAGUUUCCUUGUUGCCUCUCUGCAGAGGAUAUAUUUAUUUUCAAUAACGCAUCCCCCACACUUCCCUAUCCUACUCCUCCUACUCUCUCUCUCCCUAUCUUCCAUUACUCUAUCCUUUCUCUCCUCAUGUCACUGUGACAGAAAGAUGUUGCAUUGAAGGACAGACAGAUAAUGUAUGCAACUCCUGCUGUCUAAAGACCAAUUCUUGUCUGGGAUCUUUUUGCAAAUCUACCACAGGUUUUCUGAUGAACUCACUCAUACAGUACUACCUCAUGAUGAUGACCUUCUCCUGAAUCGCUGAAUCAACCCCCCUUCCAUGCACACAUCUAAACUGGUGAUCACAAAUGUCUCAGUGAUCACAUGUCAUGGUGAUUUGACACACAUGGACUCUAAUAAUCUGCUCUACUCACACCAUCUCCAUUGAUUGAGGGUUCAGCAUGUCGAGGGGCAAACUGGGGACCUGUGCUCGAUUUUCAUGCCAUUGGCAGCUGGAGCCAGGCGUACAGAGACUGAUGAGAAAGGUGGAAAGUGAAGGCCCGUUCCAUUAGUGCUCCCAGGGACAUGUGCCUAAACUCUGCCUGGACACACUGACCUCUCGUGGAAAGAUGCUGGACAUUAUUAUGGUGUACACUAAAGAAUAUACAUGGCUGGCUGACAAACUCUGCCUCUUGGAGUACAAGCAAAUGGAUGUAACUGCUUUUUUGUAUUCACAGAUCUGACUCUCUUUUCACGGAGGACAAAAAAGCAAAAGGCAAGGAUUUGGAUCAUUGUACUAUGAGCAGUACAUUCCAGCCCUGUGCAGGGGAAAGAGUCUGUGUUUCUUUGUUUUCUUGGUUGGAUGGGUCUCUUCUGCCUGGGAAUAUCAUGAGAUUAUAAACAGGAGGUGGCCCUGACAUCUUAUCCUUAUUCCACUCAUCCAUCAGAGCUCCAAACAUUGCCAAAGCAAACGGACCACAGAUUGUAGAAAAAGGCUGUAGAGGACAUUUGCAUAAUUAUUCUCUAAAAUCCACUGGUUGUAGGUGGCGGAUUCUUUAGCUUUCUUACCAUUAAGGUCAGAAAAAAAGCUGGCAGCCCAUAGACACUCUUGAGCGAGACGGACAGGUGUUUUUCCGGCUAUCAGCCUCUCUGGGAGGGACUAGAAGUGAAAGGAAAAGCCUCGCUGGGGGGCUCUGCUAGAGCGGAAACCCACUUCCACUGGCUAUGUUUGGAUGUGAUGCUGGUCUCUGUGGAUACAACAUGGACUCUAUGGCCUGAUUUUGCAGCCUUGGUAUUCAGAUAGUGCUGGAGGGAAGGGAUAAUGCAUAUCCUUCCCUGCCCGGAACAAGAAGCCACAAUGAGCAACGUAACGGUCACCGACAACACUGAACCCAUGAGUCGCACCAUGAGUCCGGCAACCCCCAGCCCGUAUCCCUAUCCUGUCAGUUUCCAGGUCUCCCUGACUGGCUUCCUCAUGCUGGAAAUCCUCCUGGGAAUGAGCUCUAACCUCACUGUGCUUGCCCUCUAUUGUAUGAAGUCAAACCUCAUUAGUUCCGUCAGUAACAUUGUUACGAUGAACCUCCAUGUGUUGGAUGUGCUAGUUUGUGUGUGCUGCAUCCCCCUUACCAUUGUGGUGGUGUUGCUCUCUUUGGAGGGAGACACUGCCCUCGUCUGCUGCUUCCAUGAAGCCUGUGUCUCCUUUGCUAGUGUUGCUACUGCUGCUAAUGUGCUUGCUAUCACCCUUGAUCGCUACGACAUCUCGGUCAAACCAGCCAACCGGGUGCUGACAAUGGGCCGUGCCCUGACCCUGCUGGCUGCCAUUUGGGUGCUAUCCUUUGUUAGUUUCCUCGUCCCCUUUAUUGAGGUGGGCUUCUUCGCCCAGGGCCAUGCUGAUCUGAACCAGACAGUGGUGGAGAAUGUGGUCCACGCUAACCAGUAUUAUACAGAACUUGGCCUCUAUUACCACCUGCUUGCUCAGAUUCCUAUUUUCUUCUUUACUGCCGUUGUCAUGCUCAUCACCUACACAAAGAUCCUGCAGGCACUCAACAUUCGCAUCGGUACACGUUUCCACACUUCACAGAAGAAGAAGGCUCGCAGGAAAAAGCGGCCAUCCAUGACAGCCAUGACAACGCAGCAAGAAGCCACAGAUGCAUCCCAGAGCAGUGGUAGUCGCAACCCCACACUGGGAAUGCGUACCUCUGUCUCUGUCAUCAUUGCCCUGCGUAGGGCUGUUAAGCGGCACAGAGAAAGGCGAGAGCGCCAAAAGAGGGUUUUCAGGAUGUCCCUCCUGAUUGUUUCUACCUUCCUGCUGUGCUGGACGCCUAUCACAGUGCUCAACACAGUUAUCCUGAGUGUGGGCCCCAGUGACCUAAUGGUCAAGUUGAGACUGGGCUUCCUGGUCAUGGCUUAUGGGACCACUAUUUUUCACCCUCUACUCUAUGCCUUCACAAGGCAGAAGUUUCAGAAAGUCUUGAAAAGCAAGAUGAAGAAGCGAGUGGUGUCGAUCAUUGAAGCAGAUCCUACCCCUAAUAAUGCCAUUAUCCACAACUCCUGGAUCGACCCAAAGCGGAACAAAAAGGUGACAUUUGAGGACAGAGAUGCCCGACAAAAAUGUCUGUCUUCUGAGGACGUGGAAUAAAAGAAAGAACUCCUCAUCUUUAAGGUCUAAAGUCAAUAAAAAGCAGCUAAAACUGACAUCAGGUCAUGAUGAAAAAGGGAAAAUGUUAAUCCAAAGCAGCAAUGUAAAUAUGUGCAAUAGAAUGUACAAAAUCAAGAGGUGGAUAAUUUAUUACUAUUUAUUGAGAACAAACGUAGGUACGUACUGUAGAUAUUGCAUGGCUUUUUGUAACGGUAGCAACAUACAGUGCAUUGUGUACAAACAUAAUACACGUACAGCAUAGGGUAAACAAGGUAUAUAAAUAGAAUGAGAAGUAGGAAUUAUUAUGUAUAUGUAUUAUAAAUUUCGUGUUCACUCACCUAAGCAGCAAAAGGCCUCCAAUUAUCCCCUCCCCCAAGUAAAGUGUUUAUUCUGUAACAACUGUGAGAUUACUGCCAUUCAUCACCCUGCCCUUGGUCCCCAGUGACCACUGGCCUUUGACUGCAAGCCCUCUGAGGGAAGGUAGACAGACAGGUCAAAGAUGAAGAGACAGGCAUGGAAAGGAAGUAGCAAAAGUAGUGUCUGUUAUGUUGCAAUAGUCGAAAAAGCUAUGGUGUACUGUUCACAAUCACUGCUUUUAAAGUUAAAGAUCAGUUGCAUUCCACAGACAAAACAGAAGACCAUGUUUCUCAUCACCUUGUUUGACAUAAACCAGAUGUAAUCAAAGCCUAGUCUGUUUCCCUUUAACGGUCAUGUCUUUGAGCCAAAUGGAAAAUCUACAGUUGCCUUAUUUUGGUUUGAAGACUUGAGCAUGAGUUUAUGGUGAGACAGGGACUGUGACAAGAAGAGCACAUAUUGAACAUAAUAAAAAAAAAAAAAAUAUAUAUAUUGUUUUAAUUCUAAAAGUGAAUAAAAUUCUCAGAUGCUGUUUUAAUAAAGAAGUUAUUUAAUCAAACUAAAAGAAAAUGUUGAAAAUGGUUGUAUUAUCAAAUUGUCUGUUUUUAAUAACACUAGCCGAAAAACAACGCUCUCCAAAUAAGCAAAUCCAUAACUGCAAUAAAGAGCUACUGCAAAAAUCUUAAGCUUAAUAAAAAAUUCUGUUUACAAU